AUGAUCACCAAAUACAUGACCGAGAUCACCACGCGGUUCAAUCCGUUUACGAUGCAGGCCCGCCCCGCCCGCCUCUUCCUCUCCUUCCUGCCACCCAACGCGCGCCAGUCCGGCCUCACGAUCAACACGGUCCUGCUGCCCAAGACGUCCAAGGAGGCGCCCUCGCUGUUUGUCAAGUUUAAGGAUGGCAAGGAGAUGACGCUCGACUGCGAGAAGCUGGGGAUCAAGGGCCUGCUGGAAGAGGUCGAUCGGCACUCGAGAGGCCUGCAGAAGCAGGCCGACAUGACGGAUUCUUGA